CCGCGCCUGUUAUUUUUAGUAGGUUCAGCCGGAUGUUCACUCGGUUCCUUGGUUGUUUACCUACCUGGGUUGCGCACCAGGAAUUCCUCGACGAUGGCCGGGCCCCGAGUCGGGUUACCACCACUCUAUCGCCGUCCUCCUUGGAAUCAUUCCCGAUCCUCGAAUCAAAAUGGGGCUUUAGUGGCAGCGUUAGCCCCCGGUGAUCGAUAACAUUGAUCAAGGUUUCCUUCUCGUGCGAUCCCUUGCAGGUCCGUGCUACA